CACGACGGACCUCACGACGGACCUCACGACGGACCUCACGACGGAUCUCACGAUGGACCACACGAUGGACCACACGAUGGACCCCAUGAUGGACCCCACGAUGAGCCUCCUCAUGGUCCUCCUCACGGUCCUCCACAUGGUGGCCCUAGCAACGGUGGCAAAGGCCCCGGCGGGAAGCCUCACCAUGGGCCGCCUUCUGUGGACGGUCCAGAAAGUGCCCCUGGCGACUCCAACAGCGAAGUUUCGCGCCCUCCCCCACCAUUUGGUGAUCAUGAAGGCGACUUCCCUCCCCCACCACCCCCUCCCUCGGAAGUUGAGGGUGAUGGUUCAAAGAGCCCUGAGCAUCCUCUGAUUCAUCUGGAAGGUGAUAUGCCGCCACCUCCGCCAUUCAAGGGCGGUAAGGACCAGCCACCUCACGGACCUGUGGGCGAUCAUCAUGGCCCGCCACCCAUGCACGGUGGCCCCCACCACGGCGGACCGCCUUCGGGCUUCAACAUUCAUCACCCCAUGCCUAUCCUUCGCAUCAGUGCUAUCAUUGUCACUUUAGGUCUGCUCUUCGCUGCCUUGCACACACGCUGCUUCACUGCCCGCCGCAAGGAAAGUCACCAAUCAUGUAUGUCUCGCCGCCGCGAGUGUCGCGCUGCCCACCGAACUGGUUUUGCUGGUUUCGUGCAACGUGUGAGAUUCGCCUUUGAUCACCACGGUGCAGAAGACGAGGAGAAGGAGGCUAUGAUGCGCCAAGUUGGCGAGGAAGACACCGACUCCGAUGCCAUGUCGACCACUAUGGAGCAGGACAUUGAACAGUUUAGAAAUGCAGCUAACAUUGUCAGCGACAUGGUCGCAGCCGAGGAGGGCCGAUCUCCUAGAGGCGGCAUGGUUCAAUACUCGACUAUUCCCGUUCCUCCUAGCCCACAUACCGCGUUUGCAGACUAUAUGGUGCUCGAUGAGGCGCUGCCUGCUUAUGAUGAGGCGGGUUCUAAUGAGGGCACAUUCGUGUCUGACGGCAUGCGAUUUUCUGAAAGCAGUACCUACGCUCCCAGCGUGAGUUCGGCUCAUAGUUCGUUGGACGAGAACCUGGGUCGCAAGGAGUAGAGCUGUCUCAGAUCAAGAGAUGCAUAAUGGCUGGUGAUACACAAGCACACUUUCGCUUUACAAACCUGUAUAUAUUUCUUUUCAUGUCAUUGUUUCCGGGGGUAUUAGCCAAGUCGAUCUCGCCUACGGGCUGGCUUAGAGUAAGCAUCAGAGAGUCUUUGCUUCCAAUGCGACAUCUUCUCGCACGUAAUGUCAUUUCAUAGAGUCAUUGUUAUGAUAAUAACAAAAUCAACACAAAUCAAGUACCAUCAAGUAUUCAAA